UGAAUUAGAGGGUAAAUGGUGGACACUGUGUAUCUCUGUUCCAACACACAGUGGCAGGCAUUAUGAAUUAGUCAGACUUGAUAGUCACUCUUUCACACCAAGCUGCAUUGUUACAGUCCCUUUGCAUGAAGUGGAUUGUAAUCAAAAUGUGACUGUUACAAUGAAGUGUUACCUUGUAUUAGAUCAUUUUGAUAUGUCUCGUCCUCUGUGUCAAGUACCAGUCUGUGAAGCAGAGGUUGAUAUACUACAUUUCCUUACUUCUCAUCGAGUACUGAAUAAAGGAAUCUUGUCCUCCCCAGGCUUUACUGAAUCUCUUGAGAAGUUGUCAAAAGGAAGACUAAGUAAUCCAGCUGAAAAAAUACAAAGCAAAGUAUCUUCUCUGCCUUGUAAAGUGGCCACUUCAUUUACCUCUGAUGAGAGAAAUGUUUCUUUAAUCAAGAACAUCUUCAGCACACUUGGUUGUGCAAUUUCCCUUAGCCCUAAAACAGAGCAAGUAAGGCUUUGGUACCAUGAGUUACCGCUUGAUAUAUACCUGAGCCAACAAAGUGGUAAGAUAUUAGUAACUUUUGAGGGAACAAAGGUUUCUUUGGUUUUGUCUGCAAAAUUAGCAGUAGAGAGCAGAGUAGUAAAGCAGAGAUCAUCUUAUAGUAAAUUAAAAUUACCACCAUCAGUUCUUAGACAGGCUAGGCAAUCACACAGGAUUUUACAAUUUGAGUCCUGCAAGGCUGUUACCCCUAAAGCUGUCAUUCAUCUACAUCAUAUGACGACAAAUGUAAUGUCACUUCUACCAUUAUAACUGGUAAAAAAUACUUAUUACUUAAUUUGAUUGUUUAUUAUGUACAAAAAGAGAC